GCCGCAUUUUGGUCUUCCGAUCCAUCUCACCUCUCCUCUUCAGAUGAAGAGGAGGACGGUCGUGACAACUAGGAAUUCAGCCAAAAAAUGUGUUUCAUUUUUAUAGGAAAUCUGUUCCCAAAAUUCCCACAAAAAAUAUAUAUAUAUGUGAUCGUGUCUCAAAAUGCAAUGAAGCUGUGAAAUUAUGUCAUUUUCAAAUGCAAUCUCCUUUUGAGCUUAGUUGUGGUCAAUUUGAGGUGGACAAAUUAUUAUUAUCCAACAAACAACCACUCGUUCCGACAAAAAUUGGAUUUUAGCUGAAUCUAGUUGCCUACAGAUGUUGCUGUCCUACACAUGAACGUUAACAAGAUCCUGUGGCUCAUGCUAAUGGUUGGCGCGCGCUGUCACUCAUCAUCGCUCAAGGCGGUAAGAAGUCUGCAUGCCUAUGGUUCCGUACAUUCCACGCACAUCUCUCACGCCACGGAAGGAAAGUCGAUUCCAUCCCACGCGCUCAUGUUCCCAACCCGCUCCACACUCUCUUUCUGUCUUAGCGCUCACCCUCGCAUGGAUCUCUGAGCGGUGUCAAGACUGAGCUCGCCUCUUCACCUAAACACGAUGUUUUAUGGAUUAUCUUCCAUUGUAGUAGCGAGAGAUAUAUGUGGAUGGAACGCGGAGCGAGGUGGAGUACUGGACGGGUUACAGCAGUAGCCUAAAAACCGGGCGGCUGGGUGUUCCAUUCAACCAUGCUUUACUUCCAGCUGGUGAUCAUGGCUGGGACUGUCAUGUUGGCAUACUACUUUGAGUACACCGACACUUUCAACGUGCACGUCCAAGGGUUUUUCUGCUAUGACAAUGCCUACACCAAGCCUUACCAUGGACCCGAGGCGUCCAGCGCUGUUCCUCCUGUAAUACUUUACGCAGUGGUCUGCGGAUUGCCGUUGCUUUUGAUCACAGCCAUAGAGUCGGUGUUGUUUCUGCUUCAGUAUAUGUCAGAGGACCUGGACAACAGGGAGAAGAUCAUCGUCAUGGGAGACUGCUGUUACCUCAAUCCUCUGGUGCGCAGGACCUUCCGCUUCCUGGGUGUGUAUGCGUUCGGACUGUUCUCCACAGACAUCUUUGUAAACGCAGGCCAGGUUGUAACAGGAAACCUGUCCCCCCACUUCCUGACGGUGUGUAAGCCCAACUACACGGCCCUGGGCUGCAUGCAGACCGCCCGCUUCGUCAACCAAAAGGGGGUGUGCACGGGAAACGAGGACGACAUCAUGCGCGCCCGCAAAUCCUUCCCCUCCAAAGAGGCGGCACUCAGUGUCUACGCCGCGCUCUACACAGCGAUGUACAUCACGUUAACAGUGAAGGCCAAGGGGACCAAGCUGGCCAAGCCUGUCGUAUCUCUGGGUCUCAUAUGUCUGGCGUUUCUCACGGGCAUCAACAGGGUGGUGGAGUACCGCAACCACUGGUGUGACGUCAUCGCCGGAUUCAUCAUUGGAGGGGCCAUAGCAGUCUUCAUGGUUCCGAGAGGUGUUCCCAAGUCAUGUCAUUUCCACUUUGUUCUCCAUCUCCUCCAUUUCAACUGAUAGGCACGUCACCUGAUAUGCAAUCAUGGUGUUUUCACCCACCCAUCAUGCAGCUGAAACUCACUUCACGUGAGAACUAUGCACCCCCCCAAGGAGAGACAUGACGAUCUUUACCGCUGCAGGUACUGUAUGGAGUAGUGUGGGUCCCAAACCAACGCUGUCCCAACACCCCCGCCUGGUGUCUCUUGUAUUCAGCCCGUGCCCUUGGUUAUACCUCUGCUUCCACCUGAGGAUAUACACACUGCAGCACAUGGGUCAUUUCCUGACAACAUCAUUUGUGAUAUUUGAAUAACCACAUGUGUCCUCCCAUCGGCCCCCCAUUUACCAGUUACUAAUCCAUGUGACAUGAGUCGUCAUAAACUGAUAUCCCAACAAUGCUACUAAAGUAACCAUUGCUACUUAGUAACCAUUGCUACUUCCAACAUGGCCCAUGACAAUAGUCUCACAAUACCGUCAUUUGUGCAGUAGCCCAAUUCCAUGCUAUCAAUAUAGCAUCCUUCGCUACUAAUACUGCUCCUUCAGUUACUGUCCCUACAGCGCCUGCCGUGAGAACACCUCCUGCAUGUAAUCUGUCAAAUGUACACCGGCUGUUAGAAAUUGGAGAAAAAUGAACGAGUUGGGAAUAAUAUCCAAACUAACAAAACUCUGAGUCACAGGUGUCCUGAAAGCUUUACCAUAGUGUCUGAAAUGCCACCACAAUCUCUUCUACUCUUACCACGAUCUAGGUAUGUGUAAUGUUCAACUAAAUCCCCAUAUUGUGUACAGUUAGCUGCUCUCCCUCUUCCAUUAGAGGUCUCCUGUAACAAUAUACAGUCUCCGGGGAAUGAUACUCCUCCAUAAUCUAACCCAUAACACACUAUACUCCUAAUGCAUUUUCUACAGUUAUAAACAUACUAACACAAAGUACAUGUUUAAUAGCUUUGCACAACUCAUUGAUGCGAUGUAACGUAACAAUUCUGAGUGCAGGGUAAAACAGUUAAAACCUUCAUGGUUGUCCCAAGCUUUCAUCCAGUGAUUCCCCCCCAAACAAUCCACCUCCCCUCAGGAUGACACUCAGCGAUAAGUAUCCCAAUCACAACUGAAACGUUUGAUCAAUUCUCCAACCCAUAUUUAGAUUGACUGACCUCAGUGCUGACUUUGAGUCUAGGGCUCAAAUUCCAGUUGACCAACUUAGCACAGAUCAUCCCUGCUAGAACAUACAUUUAUAAACAACCUUUUAUUGCUGGUCAUAACUCUUCUCAAUACAGCCCCCCCCCCCCCCCCCCCCCCUUGUCCCUGUUUUCCUGUCAUGAUUGGCCUGGUAAAGAAAGAUCAGUAUCUCAAUGCAUUCUUGAGUCUAAAUAGUUAGCAAGGCGUAUUCCAACUCCCGGAUCCCAAUCUGGUGAUAUUUGUAUCAAAACAAAAACACAACAUGAAAUCAGCAAUACAUAUAUCACAAUCCAUUUGAAGUAACUGUCAUCCCUAUUUGCCUUUCUAUAUGCAGCCUGAACACAGUACCACUGUAUAAGUACCCAAAGACCAGGACCUCAGGGAACUGGUCAUUUUCCCCUUUCAAACACGUGAUUAAACAAAAACAUGUUAAAUCAAAAAUGAACAAAUUCGAAUAACUAAUCCACUUAGACUUACAACUCUUUAUAACUCCCUACGGAAAUAAUAAUAAUUUCCUAAAGUAAUGGUACAAUUUGGAUAGAGAAUGGUGUUUCUCAUGAAUUUUAUAAUGAAAUCCCCCUGUUCCGUCAAUUUCUAAUGAGGGUGAUCAUUCCUCAUUAGGAUUUUGUUUGUGUACAGAGCUUUCUACACCAUUAAAAUGUUUCCUCUCCCUUCCUUUCCCUUUCCUUUGGAAACCAUUUAAAUAGCUCUUCAAAACAUUUCCAUCCUCCUGCAUACCCAAUUUAACUGCAUUGAAAAGACCCCAUACAAUAAAUCCCACAACAUCGCGACAGUAUCUCUCUACCGAGUCCAACGAUUCACUGGUCUCCUUUUCCCCAUGAUUCUCUAUAACCACCACACCACAUAAAAUAUGAAAAGUAAAUUUUAGGUUUGGUAAGCCCUAUACCAAUUCCUCAUGAUCCCAGUUCAUUUUAGGUUAGGUAACCCCUAUACUAAUUCCUCGUGACCCCUCCACUCUUUCGUCCAUUCUAGAAUUCCAUUCCAGAAUAAGACAUCAAAUGUAAAUUUAUUUAAAAAUAAAACCAAAUAAAAUGUCUGAUUUAAACAAACCCUAAGGAGUGUUUGGCCAUAUAAUUGAAAUGUUUUACCUUUAGAAUCCAUUCCCCUGGCAUUUCGCCUUGAUUCUUCAACCCAAAAUACAUUUUCCUGUGGCAAAUUUAGCCAAUUUGUCAUCGUAAGGAAUUCGCAAUAUAUACAUAUGGUUUUCUAACACUUUCUCUCACCAAGGCAGCCGCCUUAGCCAUUCUGUCUGCUUUACGAUUCCUUAUGCCGAUUUUAUCUGUACGACUAGUAUGAGCUUCACAUUUCACCACUGUUAAUUUACUGGGUAACUGACAUGCUUCUGAUAAUACCUCCAGACCAUUUUUAAUUGUGUUCCUGUCGCUUAACAUGCCCCGUUGUGACCACAAUGUACCGAAAUCAUGAACUACUCCAAAUGCAUACCACACACAGCGUACCCCGUUAUGUUACUCUCUUCCCUUCAGUGUUCAUGUAUCUAGAGCCAUCUGUAUACAAUAUUUUUCCCGAUUCCAAUGCUGUCUCUUGCAAAUCAGGCCUAGGUUUUGGAGUAAUCUGAUCUGGGUGACAUGUCUGCGAUUCACCCUCCCCAUGCAACGACAUUAACGACGCAGGUUUCAAAGCACCAAUCACCUGAAAUUGUACAUUUUCAUGUGAUGUUCACUAUGGUUGCUACUGCGUGUGUAACAUACAAAUCUACUUUUUAACCCAUUGUAAUGGAAGCCGUGUUAUGCAACACUGUUUCUGACGCCUGUACCUCCCUAAGGUACGGUAGUAGCAUUCCUCUUGGCCCUCUUCAUUUUUGCGUAACCAUCGCGCUACAAUGUUUUUCCUGUUCACGAACAACAUUUUUUAACAGAUCAUUUUAGAUUUGGCAAUCCCAAUGCUGGCACUUGACACAAUUGCUUCUUUAACUCGACAAACGCUUCCUCACACUCUUGAGUCCACUCUAUCCUCUCAUGGGGGACCCCCCCCCCCUUUCGUCAACUUUGUAAGUGUC